AUGGCGAGAACAGUCGUGAUCCUCGGCGCCAGCUACGCCGGCAUUCCCAUCGCCCACUACCUCCUGAAGCACACCGUGGCCAAAGUCAAGGGCCUCAAGGUCAUCCUCGUCGCCCCCAACACGGACUUUUACUGGAACGUGGCCUCCGUCCGCGCCAUCCUCCCUGGUAUGAUGGGCGACGAAAAGAUCUUUUACCCCAUCGCCCCGACUUUCACCAAAUACUCAUCGGAUUCGUACGAACUUGUCCACGGUGUGGCCGACAAGGUCGACCCAGACACGAGUAUUGUCGAGGUACGCGGGAACGAUGGCUCGGCGAGGACGAUUCAGUAUGAUGAGCUCGCACUAACAACCCACCUACCCACCCACAGAGUCAUCGCCACAGGCACCAGCUUCAAGGCCGACAUGCCCUUCAAAGGCCUUUCCACCACCGAAGAGACCAAGGCCGUGCUGCACGACUGGUCCAAGCGCAUCGCAGCCGCCCAGUCAAUCGUCGUCGCCGGCGCGGGGGCCACAGGCAUCGAAAUCGCUGGCGAGCUCGGCCAGGAAUACGGUGUCACAGGAAAAAAACAAAUCACCCUAAUCAGCGCCGAGGAGCUCCCCUUCGACUCCGAAUUCCGCCGCGAGGUGCGCGAGGCAGCCAAAUGGGAACUCGAGCGCCUCAAGGUCCGCGUUAUCCCCAACGCCAAAGUAACCUCCCCCCCGACAUCCGCCACCCUCACCCUAGCCUCCACCUCCACUACCACCAAAACCAAAACCGCCAACCCCCCCACCACCCUCAAAGCCGACCUCCUCAUCCCUACCUACGGCAUCACCCCCAACACGUCCUUCCUCCCCGCCUCGAUGCUCGACGCCCGCGGCUACAUCAAACAAACCACGCGUCUCCGCGCCGAAGGCCACGCCAACAUCUUCGUAGUCGGCGACGUCGGCAACCUGCAGCGGCCGCAGGGCGUCCACGGCGACGCGCAGGUGGUGCAUCUCGCGCGGUCGCUGCUGGAGAAGCGGUUGUUGGGAGAGGAGGAGGGGGCGGAUUACAAGCCUAUGGAGAAGAUCAUGUUGGCGACUUCGAUUGGGCGGAAUCGGGGGACGGGCCAGUUGGGGAAUUGGAGGGUGUGGAGUCUGCUGGUAUGGUGGUUGAAGGGACGGCAUUUGGGGACGAAUGUGGCGGCGGAGUUUGUUAGGGGGGAUCGGACGAUGACUGCUAAGUCGUGGUAG